AUGAUGGCAACAGAUCCUCUGGGCCUUGACAUGGCCGAACUGGGGAUUGUCAUUAACCACGGCGACUUGCAAGAUGUGCAUUCAGGUUGCCUUAAGUAUACCCCAGAGGCCUUGGCCCUCGUGAACGAACUGACCGCUAACAUUGCCACCAUCCUCACAGACUCCAUCACAGCGGUAUUUACUACACUCAAAGAUCGCAUACACGAACGUCCGCUCUAUGUCCUUUUCGAGCCUCAACUAGGUUGUGAUCCUCUUACGGAUCAUCAGACCCCAAAAGAUGUAUAUCCAGUAUUCAGUGAAGCAAUCUCAUCGGCAGAAAAAAGGCUGAGCGAGACAUCUAUUGUAAUGAUAGCGGAUGAGCUGCGAGCAAAGAUUGUCACCAUGUUGAAUUUAGAAGUUAGUAAGACCAACGCCCUUAAAGCACAGGCAGAGGAUGCCCUUGGAGAGCUAGCUACUCUGAAAGCUAAGCUACUCAUGAAGGACAAGUUCAUUCAGCAGAUCAUGCAGUCCAAAUCCGAAGACCAUAGCAAGUUCAUAUCAGAAAUAACCGUUCUCAGAGAGCAAGCCUUUAUGAAGCGGCGCUUUGGAGAUAGGUACAAGCCAGAUAAUAUUGACAAAGCAGCAGAUGAUGGCCAGCAGCAAGGCCUCGGCGGAUCCCUUUUGGGGAGCACAGGAGAGUUCGCUGUAGGCCAAGGAAACCAGGCUAACAAGCUGAUUCGUGACCAGCUAGCAGCUACAGUAGCAGAGAAUAAAGAGCUGAAGCUUAAGCUGGAGGCAACAGGGCUUGCACACAAAAAAGUAGAGGAGCUGGAGGAGGAGUGCACCGCACUAAGGCUCAACAUUCAAAACUUGGAGUCAUCUCACACAGAAACAAUAGCCAAACUUGAAAGCAGUCUCAAGGAAAAGAAUUUGCUCAUAUCAACCUAUCAGGACAAUGAACGGGCACUCAAUACAUCUGUUCAAGAGCUUACAAAGCAACUGCGCUCGUUGGAGAAAAGGCGGCCCACUUCUUCAGAUAUUACUUCUCGUACAGACACAGAUUUAUUUAGAGAAAAUACUGAGCUAAAAUCUAGAGUCUUUGAACUGCAAGAGCAGCUCAUGACUAAUCAGCUAGAGAAAAAGCAGGACCCUACAGAAGAUGCGAGCCUAGCAGAGACUCUUUCCAAUCUACAGAAGGAGCUUCAAGAGAAAACUGCUGAGGCAAGCCUUUAUAGGCAAAAGCUAGAAGAGGCUGGCCUUUUGAACGCACCGGUUGACGCAUUUAUCAAGCUCGCUGAUCAUAAUACGGCUGUGGCUGCAUUCACCUCUCAGAUUGACGAGCUUGAGGCUCAGAACCAGGCUCUCGUAGAGCUCUCAGAAAAACUUCAACGUCAAGUAGAUCAGCUUAUAGAAAAUGAAGCCGCCGAGAUAAAUAAUGUCCUUGAGGCUAACGAAAUCUUACACAAGCAGAAGCUGAAAAACGCAGUUGAGGCUGCCGUUUGUAUCGACAGUUUCAACGAGUCUAUUCAGGCAGCCAAGCGAGCUAUCACAAACUUUGAUGACUUCGGGUGUCAGGUCCCAGAUAAGCGCGCUCGUAAAAGUGCUCUACGAUCUGGCGAAGGGGAUGACCUGGAUGUGCAGGAUGAUGAGGGCUGUAAAGAAGACGCUGAAGCAUCUCGCAUUCGUCGCGCCAUUGAUGCAGCUAGGAAAAUAUAUGCCAGCCGUCUUCCCGCGAUGAACGAGCCUACAUUGUCCUAUGACGUGAGCAGUGUUGACGAGGUCUUUAAACAGUUAUUCGACACGGCAAAGACAGCCAAGACGCAGCUCAUGAAAAAGCAUCACGAGACGCUGAAAAAUGAAGCGCAAACACUGAUGAGAAACUUAAACCUUCAUGAUCGCAUUGCCCGUACAAUUUCACAUUAUACUAACUUUGUUGACCAACCAGCUAAGGACCCGUUGAAACUACUGUCUAAAGAGCAGCUACGCGAUGUGCUCUGCGAGAAUAUAGACGUAGGCCCCUUUGACGACUCGUCUCCUGAACAGGAUGAGAUGUUAGCUAGACUGCCUGAUGCAUCACAUGAGAUGCAAGACGAAGCUUCGAAUAGAGACUCAGCUGUAAAGGAACCUCAUGACUCGCCUCCUGCAAAACCUGAUGGUCCCGCUCCUAGAAGUCGUAAGCGCCGUGCCUCUCCUUCUAAGGUUAGGGGCGGCAGAUCUACCCUUUCCACACCAAUCUCUUCCACUACAAGACCAGCAACCCGAAAGAGCGGAACUACACUGAGCGGUACAACAACCUCACGUGCUUCUGAGUUAGAAGAGCUCGACGGCGAAAAGGACUUUUUUCGUGCCUCAGUCCCAGACAGCCCCGUCAGAGAGACCUUCAGCGUACGAACCCCAGCAUCUCGAGGUAUAGAGAGCGAUAGAGAUUCAGACGACCAGGUGGCUUAUGCGCUAGCAGACAACGGUAAGCGUAUAGCGCCCAUGAAACACGUUCGUGUACCACGUUUGAAAAGUAGUGGACGAGGCCCAAGGCUAUUAAUUCGACUAUUAAAAGACAAACUCACUGGAGAAAUCCGCGAUGAACUGGGAAGGCUGGUAUCUUCAGAAAACCUAUAUAUGUACGGGUAUUGCCUGGACAUUAGAGGCGACCUAGUCUACUAUGGUGAUUGCAGUGUCAAUAAAAAGGCUUCAGAUGACCCAGAUACCAUUGUACGGAGAUUUCUGGCCGGUGACGAAGGUGAGUUGCUACUGCCUAACGGACAGCGCAUUUUCCGAGAGGAUGCACUGCGCUUUGGAUAUAAGGGUCCUGCACGUAAUGGAACUUACAUUUUCAUUGGCCAACCUCUUGACCUAUAUGAUCAGGUUAUGCGACUAUCACCGGAUGGUGUUUCUGCUAUGGUGACUAAGAUCUUAGGACAAGAUAUAGAAUAUGACGAUAUCAUUGCUGACUUUACCUUCAAGCUGGAUUUAGACGAAGUGACCCAAAAGCCAUACGUCUGUAUCGACACUGAUGCCACCUCUUUACAAGACUCUACACAGGAUGCAUUCCAUGUAUUUACGCACGCAAGAGCAACUGAGUUUCUCCAUAGGGUUGAUCCAGAAAGCCUGAAGAUUCCAGAGGAAGAUGCUUUCAAGAUCGGCAUUUUGCCUGAUGCCGGCGGGGUAUAUCGUUAUGCACGACCAGCGCUCCACCUAUCACAAGCAGACGAUUUGCUAGUAACGGAUCCACAGGGAAAUGAAAUUAAGGUCGAAGAUGCCCUUGAAGCAGGAUAUGCAGGGCCGUUCGGUUCACAACAGGAGUAUUACUAUUUCUCCCCAGCUCUUCCUGGAGAAACAAGGGCUUGUGAGGUAAUUUCCAAUGGUUCAAAAUUACGCAUAAUCACCAACAAUGACGAAAACACUGCUUAUGAAGUUGCUGUAGCUGAUGCAUACAAAUAUGGAUUUCUUCCUGCGCUUAAUGGUACAUACCACUACGCAGGAGAUCUGCCAUAUCUUAGAGAGCUCGAUACAGAAUCUAACGUUCUAUAUGACCUCUUGGAUAAGCCUGUUAACCGUGAAGACGCAGAACAACACGGAUACUUGCGUCAUAGCGAUGGGAAGUACUAUUACAUAGGCUUAUCUAACCUACCUCAGAAACAAAGUCCUCCAUCAACCGUACGGCUAUCAUCUUCUAUCGACAUUUGCGACUCUUCGUUUGAUAGUCAAUUGGAAAAUGACGGUAUUAACAUCGCAAAUGCUGACAUAACAUUGCUAUACGAUAAGUAUAUUGACGUAUUCAUAGAAAAGGAUACAGGAUACGUCGUUGACAAUAAGGCUAUGCUUAAAGAGUAUGGGUACCUGAUCGAUAAUACAAACACUCCUCAUUUUGUAGGGAUAAACAAUUUGGGAGAGGUUCUUCCACGUGAUGCAGAUUUGGAUGCUAUAGACCAGUCGAAAACCAUAAUCACCGGUUAUAAUAACAAAAUAUAUGUUUAUGAUCAGAAAAACAUUGAUACAUAUUAUGAAAAUAACGUUGCAAUUGUACCUAAGAAGAUUGAUAUUAUAAAACUUCAAAAGCGGCUUGAAACCAUUAAUGAUCCAAACCAAGUGAGAAAGCUGGCGGAGCAUAUGCAGCGUUUGGACAAGCGGCAGUUGGAAGCUUCUCAGCCUCCUGCUCGUGACAUCAGCUCUUGUAGCAGUGAAAAGGUGAGCAUACUGAUUGAUGACGGCAUUGGAAAAAGCACCAUUCUAAACGUUAAAAGUAACGAGCUACAGAAUGUUGCAUCUAGUACCUCACCAAAAGUAGAAGCCACUAUCACUCAACGUGAACAUAGACAGCCAAAGGAUGUAGCUAAUGAUCUCAUUGUAGAGGAACUCGUAAAUACACAAGCGCAACUUCAUGACCAUUUGCCGGCGUGUGAACUAACUGGAGAAAUAAGCAGCAGUGUAGUGCAUGUUGAACCAACUGGUCAUGCUUCAAGAAAUCCGAUCGAUACCCUUGAUAAUUGUACAAUCAUCGAUAAUACUUCUUUAGGAGCUGGGUUGGGCCAUGCAUCGACAGUACGCAAGGUUACCACUCUCUGCAGCCAUAACAUUGAUCGAGAGCUUUUGGGACACCAGGGGGGCUAUUUCUACUCUCCUGGUCAUGCCGUCUUUAAACGACACGGACCAGGAUUAGUUGUUACAACUUACGGUUCUGUCGAUGACACCUUUGUACAUGUGAAAAGCCCAAACUAUAGGACUCAUAUGUUGACUCCGUCCAGAAAGGGCCGCAUUGUUAUUCAGAACAUCAUUAAGCCGUCACCUAAUACCAGUAUACGGCCAUUGUUCGAUCGAGAGGCUGGAAUUGUCUUCGAUGAGCAAACAAAUGAGAUUUUGGGCCACGUCAACGAAACAACUGGUGACAUCGAAGACACCACUGGGCGCACAAUUGGACAUAGCGAGCUCAGAUCUCGAACUAUUAAGUAUGUUAGCACAGAGAGCUCUCUAAAGCAGGCGUCAAUACAUAGGCUGCGCUCGACAACUGUGGCUUCUACUACCACUUCACUACAACGUAGCCGCUCCCACGAUCCUCGGCAUUCCGUAGAACUAGGACAAGAGAACUAUAUCUUUGGUGAAUUUGUAGAAACACCCAUGCGUGUUGUAAGCACUAAAGCAUACAUAGCAAUGAAUACACCCACACAGAUGAAGGAUCCAAGCGUUCCCCUGCUUUCUUCAAGCGUAACAGGGCUAUCUUCUCGCCGAAAUCUUAUCGAUUCUAAGUCUGGAAGGACAACGCAGGGCCUCACUAAAUCAAGCAUGGUGCUGGUAACUCUUCACGAUCCUGAUGCUCCUCUGGACUUGGAUCCACACGCCAUUACAGCGUUCCAAGUCAAUACGCAUACGGAGACUGUCCUUCGUGGAGGUUCUGCUCCAGCAAGGGGGUCCUUCGGACUGUCAGAUACUGGGUUCAAAGAGGACAGUAUUGUCUCUAUGCACGAUGGGAUGUUUCCUGGUAUUGAGGAUCGUACCCAGUUGGGGGUGACUCCGACUGAGCUCGUACGAGCCACGUCCCAUCGUGCAAUUGGACGCAGUCCAUCAAUAAUACCUGGAAUGCAUAACCCUGCACCUCCAUCGCUUAAUACGUUAUACAGAGAAGGAAAGACUCUGAAUGCUCUGUCUAACGCUUUGCCAGUUACCCCUCAGAAGCCCCCUGAUUCCGCCCUCCAUCGUGCCUCUUCAAAACGUGAUAUGUCUAUUGGUUAUCCUAUAUGCCAAAGGUCUGUACGCCGAGCGCAAUCAAUGCGAUAUAUGACAGGUCACAUGCUUCCAUCGAUGAUACUUCCACAUGAGCUGCUUCGGCGUCCCUAUUACAAGGACGCAACAUCUAAAUGGAUUCCUUACACUCAAGUCACGCUGGUGCCAGACGAUUCAAAGAUGCUUUCAGAGUCACACUCUGCUCCUCUUAGCAUCUUGCAAAGCCUUGCCUAUCGUACACUGCAGCACGGUGUCCUGUCUACAAAGCCCCUUCGUCCACAUACGACAAACGAUGCAUCAGAAGCUACCUCCACUACAAGCCGUGUAGCCCUAGCUUCUGAUGAUGAAGAUUUAAUUGAAGCAGAUAUAGGGUGUAGCAAGCCACCUCAAGUGCUUCCCUCAAUGCGAUGCCUAAACAAGUUUGUCGCUAUGAAAGACUCAACAACCACGCACAUAAAGGGUAGUGAAGGUCGGGCUUUGAAUCCGCAUAACAAAGACACAGGCACAGUAUUGAGAGGGGCCAGCAACCCAGUUGUUUCCGAACGAAUAUCUUACAAUCUUUCCCAAGAAGCCCGUGCAAAGUCGUCUUGUUUGGCUAAAGAAUCUGAAUAUCAGUUUGUGCAGGUGGGCUCUCUGCCGCCCUCUAGCCUCCCAGCCACAUUUCCACUGGUAACUAGCGCGAUGGAAAGCACUGAAGCGCUUUCAUCUCUUUGUCAGAAACACGAACGCAGCCCAAUGCAUGUGCAUUCACUUACUAAAACUGAAAAACCUAAGGAGACUCCGCUUUGCGACGUUGCUCCACCUUCGCCUGAGACAAAACAGUGUGAUAAUGUCCACCGGCCUAGAAACCUAGUUACAUCGCGCAGGUUGCUGUCAGCUCAGCUAAAAGGAUCUAGUUCUCAACAGGCCCGCCAACCCCGCAUAAUACAGAUCAUUCAGAACGAUCUAAACACAUCUGCAUCGUCUAGAACACACGGCCUUCAAGCGCACUCCGCCUCAGAUGCUGCAAAAAAACUGGAAACAAGUGGCCUUGCUAUCAAUACCUCUCCUCGCAGACGUUGCCGGUAA